GGGAAGGGCCUCCCAACCACCCUGCAGCACGAUUCCGGAAAACCUCGAGGUUCCUCAGGUUCACAACCUCUGACUUCAGCUGGUGAGCACAGAAGUGCACGUUGCUGCCACUACUGCUACUUGUCUUUCUCCUUUUCCUGCAGUUUUUUGCUCAGAACUGCACACCUAGGACUCGCUUCGGCUCUCCCCAAACCCAGGCCUGUGUGGCUCUCAUUCAGGGUUCUGCAGUAGUGAGAAGCAGGUCUCUGAGCAUUUGUGAGUCUUUAUUCCCUUCACACUUAGUGAAAAGUGUGUAUGUGAGAGUGUGCUGAGUGUACGUGUCAGAGGACAGAACAGAAAGGGAGAGAGGCUGAUCGACUCUGCGGCCUCAACUUCAGCUUCGCUUAGCCGGCAGCUUCUGUAGCCAGGCUGGUCUCUCCUGGCCGACAGCUCAGAGAUGAAGUCCCCCCGCAAACUCCUUAUGGCGGCUCCUCUGUUGUUUCUCCUGCCCCUUCACGCCUUGGCCUCUCCAGCGUAUGAUGACCAGCCUGCACGACACUCCAAUGGCCACUCCUGUGUAGGGUGUGUGCUGGUGGUCUCUGUGAUUGAACAGCUUGCCCAGGUUCACAACUCUACGGUCCAGGCCUCCAUGGAGAGACUGUGCAGCUACCUGCCUGGAAAACUGCUCUUGAAGACCACCUGCUAUUUAGUGGUUGACAUGUUUGGACCAGACAUCAUAAAACUGCUUAGCAUGGAUAAGAAUGCUGAUGUGGUGUGUCACACCCUGAAGUUUUGUAAACAGGACCCUGGCCAACCAUUGUGUCACCUCUACCCCCUCCCCAAGGAGACAUGGAAAUUUACGCUAGAGAAGGCAAGACAGAUUGUCAAGAAAUCCCCGACUCUGAAAUAUUCCAGAAGUGAUUCCAAUAUCUGUUCCCUCCCAUUUUUGGCCAAGAUCUGUGAGAUGAUUAAAUCAGCUAUAAAAAAUUCUGUGCCAUUCAAAGAUGUAGAUUCAGACAAAUACAGUGUCUUCCCCACACUGCGGGGCUACCACUGGCGAGGGAGAGACUGUAAUGACAGCAACGGGAUGGCAUACCCGGGCAGAAGGCCAGACAACUGGGAUAUACAUCAGGAUUCCAACUGUAACGGCAUUUGGGGUGUUGAUCCAAAAGAUGGAAUUCCAUAUGAGAAGAAAUUCUGUGAAGGUUCACAGCCCAGGGGAAUCAUUUUGCUGGGAGACUCAGCUGGGGCUCAUUUUCACAUCUCUCCUGAAUGGAUCACAGCUUCGCAGAUGUCUUUGAAAUCCUUCGUUAAUUUACCAACAGCUAUUACGGAUGAGCUCAACUGGCCCCAACUCUCUGGCAUUACUGGAUUCCUGAACUCCACUAGUGGAAUUACAGAAGACUCUAUUUACCUUCGUUUACGGAAAAGAAACCGCUGCAAUCACAGGGACUACCAGAAUAUUUCAAAAAAUGGUGCAUCUUCCCAAAACCUGGAGAAAUUUAUAGAAAGUUUAUCUAGGAACCAACUGUUGGACCAUCCAGCCAUCGUCAUAUAUGCCAUGAUUGGAAAUGAUGUCUGCAAUGGGAAAAGUGACUCAGUUCCAAAAAUGACCACUCCCGAGAAAUUGUACUCCAAGGUCAUGCAGACUCUGAAGUAUCUAAAUUCUCACCUGCCCAAUGGCAGCCAUGUUAUUUUAUACGGCUUACCAGAUGGAACCUUUCUCUGGGAUAAUUUGCACAACAAAUAUCAUCCUCUCGGCCAGCUAAACAAGGACGUGACCUAUGCGCACUUCUACUCCUUCCUGAACUGUCUCCAGGUCAGCCCCUGCCAGGGCUGGAUGUCUUCCAACGAGACGCUCCGGACUCUCACUUCCCAGAGAGCAGAACAACUCUCCAAUACACUGAAAAAAAUUGCAACCAGGAAGAAAUUUACAAACUUCAACCUUUUCUACAUGGAUUUUGACUUCCAAGGAAUCUCAUUUUCAUUACUAAGCAAUUGUUAUACAAGAGAAAACCCUCCUGUUGAUUGACUGCCAGCUGAGAUGAUGCUAAUGAAAAGCUUCACAAUGUAUGCAAAGGAUGGAAGAUUUCUCACCCAGAGUUUAUCAUCUCUAUCUCCCCACCACCAACACCGCACCCCCCAGCCCAAGCAUCUGGGAUGAAGCAGAUGGCCGUCAUGAAUUAUCAAAUAUUACGUUAGCUGACACGUUUUGCACUGCAGACUCUAGUACUUCAAUUCUGAACAUCUUUUCAACAAGACUCAUCUCCCUAACUAGAUUUCCUGCCUAGGUGACACAUAUUUCUCUCAUGGGGAGAGACAUUUUGAUAAAUAACCUCUCAUUAAAAUACAGAGUUAAAGAUUCAUUAAUGAAUUCCUCGUAUAAACAAAUGCACCACCAAGUGAUUUUUGAUCAUGAUCAACCUUGAAUGUAGAUAAAGUUAUUAAAAAUAUAAUAAUGUCUAACAUUCACAUGGGACCUUUUUAAUUUUCCAAAGUAAUCUUUAGCUCUGUUAUUUAUUAUCUUUGGGACUGUAGGCAAUUCCCUGGACGUGUCUAAACUCUCCUUUCCAGACCUAGAAAUGGGGAUACCAUAUCUACAUAACAAAUCUUUAUGAUGAUUAUAUGAAAUAAUGUGUAAUCCUCCUAAAUGCCGUGCCUGGUACAUAGCCGGUACCCAGAAAAGAGUACCAUUCCCUCGCAUCCUUGCUACUCAAUGCACGGUUCAGGAUGAACAGCAUCCACACCACCUGGAGGCUAGUUAUAAACGCAGAACCCCAGGCCCCACUCCUAAUUAGGACCUACCUGAUCAGAAUCAGCAUUCUAACAUAAUUCACAGAUGAUCCAUAUGCACCUUCAAAUUUAAUAAAUGGGGCUCUAUAAUUUUCCAAGAGUAAGAACUUAGUUAUCAGAUUUUUACUUGGUUCUACUGUGUGCUGUGUGGAUCCUGAGAAUAUAGUUGCCAACAAAACAGAACAGUCCUUGUCUUCAUAAAGGAUAUAGAGAGAAGCAUGCAUGGAAUAAAUGCAGUAAAAAGCAAAAAAAGUUUGGUUAAACUGAACUGGACCUUCUACAUCAACAUGGCAGUCAGUUACCUGACUAAGAAACCACCUGAGUAUUUCUCCUUGCUUGGCAAUUCUCAUCAACAGUUUGAGGGAUUUCCUGAGGUUUUGUAAUUUCUUGACAUUUAUUAAAAAUGCAUGUGAAGAUCCAGUUUUGGUACAGGGUCCUCUUCGCCUUCUCCUUAUGAAGUUAGUGGGUACCCACUAGGGAAGACUUAUGGGCACAGUGGGAGGGAGAGUGAAGGCAGAGGAAAUGGUACCUGGGAUCUGCCUCCAUGAACAUCUGAUGCAGUGUCAUGCAUUUAACGUCUAGGUGCCACUGUGUACACUUCUGAAAGAGCUGGAAUUUUUAUCUAGUUUUCAAGAACUAUGGUAAUGGCUUAACUUAUGCCCAAAGUUAGCCAUGAAGGAAAUUUCUAUCUUGAAAUUCUAGGAUUUGCCAGAGUAGGCGGAUCAUCCACUCCCAGUUCCAUCCCGAUGGAUAACCUUCCACACCUGGGCAGCUCAUCAUCCUGAAAUCUGAUCUACGUCAUGUAGGUGCAAUGAGCUCUUAGAUAGAACUAUGUUCCUAUCCCAAUUCAAACGCAGAAUAGUGGUGUAACCUCAAGUAAAUUAAAUAACCACUCAGCUUUUGUGCAAUGUAGCAAGAACUAAACCAUAGGGUUUAUGUAAGGAUUGAGACAAUGCUUGUAAUGUAGUAAGGACUCAACUUCCCACCACUACCAUCUGAAAUCAAUGUAUGUAAAACAUCUUCUACAUUCUUCCAGGGUUUAUGAUAAAUGGAUAAUAAAUGUUUAUUCUCUUUCAAUGUCCAAACCACCUCCUAUUGCCAAUCAUGCCUGUGGAUCACUUUGAGUUCCUUAGAGGAAGCUCUGAUGGAAAUAUAUCUCAUUAUCAGGGCAGUUUCCUUCUAUCAGAAAUAAAACCCUAUGGGUCAACUAUUACACCUGCAGUCUUAAUAGUCACAUAAAAACCUCUCCUUUUAUUUCAGUGCUAUAUUGGAGCUGACUAUUGCCUCACAAAUAUCUUCAUUUUUCAUAUGAGAUUUACAAUUUUACCCCCUGUGACAGAGCAAAUGGCAGUUGAGGGUCCCUGUCCCUUGAGGGUAAGCACGAGACCUCUCUGUUCUCCAGUCUGACAGCCUCAGCCGAGCCCUGAAAGCUGAUUGCUCAUCUCCAAAGACUCUUUUUUGUCUCUUGCUGACUCAUCCUCCAACUGGUUAUGAACUAGACAGAAGCAGCAAUUUUUCCUCCCUUCAGAAAAUGCCAGCUCAAGCAGGUGAUGUCUUUUUUCUUCGUCUGUACCGCAUCUCCCAAACAGAGGAAGGAAAAUGCCACUUGGCUGACAGGGCCAUUUUCACACUGAUAGUUUAAAUACACCACCAGCUGCCCUCCACUUCCAAGACAACUCAAUCGGAGCAAACCCGGUUCUUAGCUCCCCCGCCAUGUACAUGUUUGUAAAAAUAACCAGUGACUUCAUGGUGCUGGCCAGAAUGCAGAUUUCGCUUUUUCAAUACCUGCUAGUGUUGCUGUUCAUCAAGGAGCUACCAAGUGUUCUAUGAACCUUCUUCCAUGGUUUCUAUUGCAUCUCUGAAAAGCUGGUCGUCAGCAGAGUUUCUUUGACUUUACAGAUAAAGGAAAUACAGUAUACACCAAGAGAUCGUUCAUGAUCAUUCAAGAAGUUUAAUUCAGGUCUUCUGAGGAACAAAUAAGAAUUCAUUUCCUGUUUUGAAUUAUGGUCCCAGGUAGGAAGGAAACUGGCCAACUUACCAUGCUACCCCUGCUUGAACGCUCCACUCUAAAAUGAGCCAGGGAAGCAAUAGAGACCACUGUCCGCUAUUGCAUUUAUUCUAAGAAAGCAAAAUUUCACCCUGAGAUAAACAAACUAAAAAGGGUCACUCCAUCUAGCACUAGUCGCAAUUUGGUAAAACUUUCAACUCCUGCCUGUGAGUUACUGACUCUCCCUUUAAGUAUUAUAAUACUGAUGUCUGCAGAUAUGCAAUGACUAGGAACCCUCGCAGACACAAUCAUGUGAGAAAAUCUUGUUUUCCAGUGUGAAUAGAUUGAUUGUAGCCUUGGUUAUUUCUUUUGAUACCUAUGGGAUUAUUCUGUGUGACAAGUCAGUUCUUCUGAAGUCUGGACUCCCUUGUAGUGUCCCAUCAAUUGAGAGAGGGAUGGGGGUUGUGGGGCAGGAACUUGUUUCCUGGCAGGGAGGACUACGUCAUCACUGCCAUCAUUUAGAAUUGCUGGAGUCCAGUGAUAAUAAAACGUGGGCCUCAACCACUGCCCCACCCUAGGGUAUGCCCCUGAUCCCUUGCAAAAUGUGAUGAGUAAAUAUCCCUUCUCUUUUCUUUAUGCUUUUGUUCCUCAGUUUUCUUUUCGUAACCCCCAGAUGACGAGAUUGGUCAAGACACCAGGGGGAGUAGAAGAGAGUGAUCAUACCCUCUCACUUUGAAAAACAUGCCAAUGACUGAAUUAUGUCCAUCUGUUCCAUGGAGUAUCAUUUCUAUCACCACCUCUCCCUCUCUCUAAGAUCCAUAGUUUUUAGUUUGGUAGUUAGUAAUGCACAUAAAUUCAAAUCAAAAUGGAAAUAGCCUAGACUAACAUUAAGCUUAGGUGCCAAAAUUGAAUCACAAUACAGGAAACUCAGGUAUAAGCAAGUCUGACCUUUUCAAUAUCGGGCUCCUAGUAAACACUCUCGCAAGAAACACGAUCUUGGCUUAAGCUGUGUUUCCUUAAUAGGCUCAAACUUGCUUUCCACUGUCAAUUUUCCAGAUCUCUAGGUCGUUAUAAUUCUUUCCUGAAUUUUCUCUUGGCCAGUGAAGACACAGGUUUAGAUUUGGUUUGUCACUCAACCUUCUCUGCCAAAGUGUAGAGUGAAGGUGUAAGAGCUUCCUACCCCUGCUGGGUCAGAGGGGGUGUGGGUGGUCUGCGUCAGGUCCAUGGCUUACUGCAUAUCUCUUUAAUACAAUCCUUGUGUCUUAUUCUUCCAGCUCUUUCUGACUUUCAGCAGGCUCUGCCUGAGGUCUUGACUGGGCUCAAUUCCCAAAAGUCUUUUUAGCACUGCCUGGGAAUUUCUUAACAUCCAAUAGAGAGUUUCUUUCAUUCUUUCUUUUCUCUUUUUAACAUUUGUAUAGCAUAAGGUGAAACGAAACUAAAAAUAAAAGGAGAAGCAAGAGAAGGGACGAAAAGUUCAUUGAAAACUUCAGUGAAGCAAAGGAACAUAAGUAGAAUGGAAGUUAUGUCGCCUCUGAAGUCACGGAGGGGACUGGGAGGCUGAUGUCUUACCUGUGCUGGACCUCUUCCCAUCAUGGUUGUUUUUUGUGCCAGAGAGCCUGUGGGACUGCAAGGUAGAGAUGAGGCAAACACUACAAAAGAACACAGAGCAUUGAGGGGCCUCAGUGGGGGUGAUGUUGGCUCUGCAUUAAAGAAACCCUUCCAAAUGCCUGGUGCUCCAUUAACGGUAACUUGGAUGUUCGGAUUGGAGGGGACUCAGAUAGAGAAUCAGCAUAAGGUUAGAAAGUAGAAAAGCAGGACCUCCAAAAAAAGAGUGGAGAACUGGCCCAUCCUCUCCCUGGCAAGGAGGAGAAUGAGGAGCCUGAACCAAACAUGGGUGAAUGCACAGCAGCUGACCCAGGACUAGCAGGGAUGGGCUGGAACAGCAUCACACACCCAAGAAGGGCAGUCUGGGACCCACAGGAGCUUCAAAGUGUCAGGUCCAGAGGGAAAGGCGGAGCAGCCAGAAUUGAACCUGAAGCAGAUAAUCUGAUUCCAAGGUCAUGCCUGAAAAAACAGUCACAACACCCAGGCAAACUGAAGAUGAGCCAGGCAAGCUUCCCCGAGGUUCUGCCUGUUACAGGGUACCUGUGGCCAAGGGCAGAAAAGAAACUGCUGAAGUCUGCAAGCUGGUUCAGCAUCACAAAUAAGCCUUCUUAAGAGUUAGCAUGGUUUAAGCAUCUUUGCAGCUGUGAGCUUCCUAUCAGAAAAGCAGAUACACUCCAUUCCUUCAGAGGGAUACAUCAUUUACCAGCAGCAAUUUCUCCCUUAGGCCUCCGUGUGGAGGACACAGUGGGCAAUGUCCUCAGUUUGAGUUUCACGAGAAAUGCAAAGGCCACGAUCCAGGAGCUACUUCUUCUAAAAUACUCCAAUAAAACCCAGACACAAAAUAUAAAAGAGUGGCUCAAUGGUGGCCAUUCUGCCAGAGAGAAGCCAACAGGAAUUGGUGAUCCUGUGUGUAGGACUCCAAACCACCCGCGGGAAUUUUUUCCUGAGCUCCAAGAAGGGCAGCAGCCCCUCUGGGGACAGGGAUCGGGUAGCAAGUGGGGAUGGCAUGCUGUGAUAUUAGGACUAAUUACAAAAGCAGCAUAUUAUUGAUUCAGCUCUGGGAAAACCAGCUUCUCUUGUGCAAUCAAAGCCCACAAUAGAAUUUCUAUUUCUUCCCUUGGGGCGAGAGGGGGGAAGGCAAAGAGGGCACAGAAUCCUGCCCUUGAGUUUUUUGUGGGGUGAAGAUGUGAGAAUCUUAGCUGUGCCUGCACCCUUCUCUGGACACCAAAAAGUGAAGGCGUGGGCUACACUGGGAGCAGCAGGUUUCAGACUUUUCCCUCUGGAGGCUGUCUAGGGAUCUGAAAUUUCCUUGAGGGGUUCUUCUUGACUAUAUGAUAUUACAAUGUAGAGUUAAAUUGUGCUGUUGCCUUGGAGCCACUGACAUUCUUGGUCUCUUCCCCCUGGUGAAGGACGGUUUUAUUGCUUUUCCUCACUUUGGGGCUCAUAAUAUUUUCUCUGAAGCCAUGCUCACUCUAAAUGUGAUGUUGUGAUAAUUUUACGUAAUUACAUUUCUCGCAAACUGUAUGAUUUUUAAUGGUGAUUGCUUGACAUAUGCAGGCAGUGUCUGGAAAUGGCAACCCAUGAAAGGAGAUGUUAACAAAUGUUUAAUUUUCCCACUGCUCCUGCCAUACUGUCCUACUGGCCACUGAGAAGUGAGAUGGACUUAACUCAGUGUUGAAUAUUUUAGAGCUCACCUUUCCUACCAUCCUCCUUGCUACACAAACCGCAUUCAUCCAACACUCUCACAUAUUUUCGUCCUGAGUGAGAAAAAAAAAAAAAAAUCGCACAACGGGAAUAUCACUUC